AUGAUCGUUGCUAUCCAGGAGUUUAUUCCGCUGAUUAGAGGCCUGAACCGUACGCUAAUCGAGAACUCGCCGUCCCAGGGCUUGACGCAGAAGUGGUUUUAG